GUAACCACACCGCCAUCUAAAAAUAAAUAAACAAAACAAGCGAGGAAAUUGAAAAGCAGGUACAAGACGUGAAGCAUCUCGCUUCUGCCACACUCUUCAAUUGUGAUUCCUAUCAGGCAGGAAGUGCAAGUCGAAACACGAGCCGUCAGCAGAGAUAUUUGGAUGUUUACAAUCUCUAUCAUUUGUAACCUGGUAAGACCUAUCGCUUUGGUUUCAAAAAAAUGUGGGAGGUGCACGUGAGACGUUCAAUAAGUAACCAGCAGACAGGACGAGGACGACCCAUAGCAGGCCUGUCUGAUGGUGUAUGAAGCCGGGGGAGGGACCGCACAGUUUCCACUCGUGAUGGUGACGUUCCUGCGUGUAAUACAUUGACCAGCCUAGUUCUUAAUCCAUUGCCGGACCACAUUUACCUCGGAGGGAUUAUUACACGCCGCCCGCCAGUGUUUCGUCAAGUCCGCGGAAACUAGCCAAGCGUAAACCUGGAACUGUUCUCCUUUGGGUAGGCAGAAACUACACGGAUACACUGUUUACAUCCCCUAAGCAUUUAUUUUAGCCCUAGAUUAUAUCCGAUGCACAGUUCAGUAGCUGGGAUUUAUUAGAUUAGGCAGACUGGAUUGUUAUGAUAGCUUUUACAUGAACGCAAAAUGUAUUUUAAAACACACCGGAAGUACAAUGUAAUACUGCGUUGCUGUUUUACUGUGUCUAACUUGACUUAGGUCAUGCUCAUCGGAUCGCCUGUCUUCUCUGUGGUCGUCCGGCUCUUCCUCCGUAACUAAGUGACUAUGGAGCUCGUGCAGCGUUCAGUCACAGCACGCGCAGUGUCUCUCCUCUUCAGCGCACCUUCCACGUUCUCCAGAGUCGGCAGGUAGCCGGUCAGGUGGUGAGCGGCAUGCGGUCCGAUGUGGAGUACAGCCCGGUGGGAGAGGGGCUGGGGAUGCGGGACUUCUGGCUGUACGUGUGGCUGCGGAGGGCGGCGGUGAUAGCCGCUCACGUCACCGGCCUUGGCCUGACCCUCAUCAUCUUCCUGCUGUCCAGACCCGGAACCAGUCUGUUUUCGUGGCAUCCAGUGUUAAUGUCUUUUGCAUACUGCCUGUGUAUGACCGAAGGAAUCCUCCUCUUCUCGGCUGAAGGAUCUCCUUUCUGCUGCAAAUCUCGGAAGGUUAAAGUCCGUCUUCACUGGUUCUGUCAGGCCCUGGUACUAAUAGCUGCAGCCACCGGGCUGGGCUUCAUGGUGGCCAGCAAGAAUGUAUCAGAGCGCCCCCAUCUGGUCACCUGGCACAGUAUGCUGGGCAUCUGCACCGUGGCCGCCACCGUGCUCCAAGCAGCUUGCGGCAUCUGCGUGCUCUUUCCUAAGCUGCUGCGUCUCUCUUCUUUGCCAAGGCUGAAGCUGUACCACGCCACCUGUGGCCUGGUUGUCUACCUGUUGGCUACAGUCACUGUCAUGUCAGCCAUGUUCUCAGACUGGUUCCAGGCCACAGUGAAAGGAGUGGCCUGGUGGGCCUUUCUCCUGCUGCCCCUCUUCCCCGCCCUAGUGGUGAUGAACCAGAUCACUAAUGCCUACCUACCCCGCAAGAAGAUCACCAGCUAAGAGGCACAUUUGCUUUAUUCUGUAAGGGGCCUUGUUGGAAAUACAAUUUACUGUAAGGCUCAAAUAAUCAAGAAUUUCCCUUCAGGGAUAAAUAAAGGAAUUCUGAUUCUGAGAUGGAAGCAAAGUUCUCCAUUAAAGCAGCUUGGAGGGAAAGCUCAUAGGACAGAACUGUAUGUCAGUCAAACAGAGACUCCACUUCCUGGUGCUAAGAAGUUGCUGCUCUUGCUAAUAUUGACAGCCCAGAUGGAGCACAGCAACAGCAAAAGCUGCUCAGUGCUGUUCCAGACUUCAUUCCAGGUUUGAGUUUGAGAGUCUGGAAAACUAGCUUCAGGUCCUACCACAACUCACACUGCCACAGCCAUACGUACCUUCUGAUGUGGACCCAUCUUGAGUCAGUAGAGAGAUCUACAUCUUCUAGAGAAGAUCAAGAUCUAGAGAAGCUCCUUGACUCCUGCUAUAACUUGAGUUUUGCACAACUCUUACUAGAGCACAGCUGUACAAGCUUUGACAGAGUGAGGUCAUCCUUGAGAAAAAGCACACCAUCCUGUGGACAGAUCAUGCUGCUUCAAGGGACUUGAAUUUCAAGAGCACACAGAUCCUUGUAACCGGCAUUAUGUGGACUGUGCAAGGAACGAAGCCAAGUAGAUGGAGCCAGGGGCCAUCAUUUGACAUGGAACUGGUCAAUUCAGCCUUCUGUGGAAUCACCUCUGCUACCCUCACAAAUCCAUGCCUUUGUAGAUAAAAAGCAUGAGAUGAUAAAAACAUGGUUUUGUGGCAAAGCUAUCUGAGGGGAAGUUUUGUUGAAUUUUGUUGAAUUGCUUGCUAAAAUUUUUGUCAGUUUGUGGAGCCAGAAAAUCCUCAUUUGGCAAAUGGGCAGAGUCUUAGGUUAGACAUGCAAAUCUCAAACACUGCAUUUGACUCUGAUCAGUUGUGCUCACCAAUGAUCAGUUUGUACUCUCGAAGUGACAGUUUGUCUGUACAAAUUUGUACCCUCAAAUUAUUUAUUUGUGCACACAGAGUGUUCAAUUUCAUCAGUCUAUUGAAUGUGUGAAGUCAUUGUACCAGUACUAAUUGAUGCUGCACUUUGCUGUGUGUAGUGCAACGAUUGAAGUUUUAGCAGCACGCUAGUAGCUGUAUUUUAUUGUGGAGAAUCAUUACAUAUAUUCCAUUUGAUGAAUGAAGACAUUUUUUAGAAGUAUUUUUGUUGUACAUACAAAAAUACAAAUUUGGGGAAUAAAAAGUUACUAUUUGGGCAAUAUGCAUUACUAGAUUAUGUGCACAAAUGGAAAGAAAAAAAGUCUUCACUUCUGAGUUUUCUUAGAGCUAGCAUCUACUGGUCAGUAACAGAACAGUAACUAAAUGUGGCGCCUGCUGUUUAUGUGCUAUUUGUUUGGUUUUUUUUUGUCAUUGUGUACUUGUGACCCCUGUCCCUUUAGUGGUCAUUUGCUAGCCUCUGUCUUCGUGUUUUAUUUGCUUUUGUCAUCAGUGGGUAACACGAACAUGCACUCAAUCUUGUGCUGCUUUGACGGUCAAGGCAAAGGCAGAAGCUUUGUAUUGGCAAAUGUGUCAUCAGUCACAUCACUCCAGCUAAUGCAAAGCUAAUGCAAAUUAAACCAGUCCCACCAUACGUAGGCUUCAAGUUUUGUUCAGUCAAGUUUGUCAGUUUGCUCAAUAUUCAGCAAGUCUAUCUGGGAAAAGACCUGUUCCAGUCACUAGACUUUUCCAUCUAGUUCAGAGCUACAGUUGUUAGUAAAUUAAAACUUCCUUUAAUGUGAACAUCGGAACGCUUUGAUUUUUCUGAAGUUCUCUUCUAUCCAGAGGAGAUGAUAAACCUCAGCUUCUUGCCACCCAUUAAGUACCACCAAUCAAAAUCUUAUGGAACUACUUAUAGAUUUCUACAACCAUCUUAAAGAAACAGUUCACCCCAAAAUCAAAAAUACACAUUUUACCUCUAACCUGUAGCAGCUAGUGAAAAUAGGCCUCUAGGAAAGCAGCUGCAGGUUAUUUCAUUGCAUAACAAUGAGGACAAUACUGAGUGAGGGCCUGCUGGAACAGAUGAAUGAGGACUAUUUUUAAACAGUGUUAGAGAACCUGAUGGACAGAGAGCUGUUAGAUGCACUGAUCCUCCAGCGUCUGGCCUCUUUGUCUUAUUCACUGCCGGCUUUAUGUAAACAAAUCUGUAAUAUUUCAUUUUGUAAUUAAUAGAUAGCGCAUUAAAAAUCAUUGCAAAGUCUUCAGACUGCAAACAGUGGUAUCCAUGGCGUCUGUAAUAAACAAAAUAUUGAAUGAUAGCUCAGUGUAUCUUGGUUCUCCAGAAGCCCUCGUCACAUGUAAAAUGCACUGAGUCCUGGAAAAUUGUUUCUGCUGGUAGAAAAGUGAGUUCUUCUUGUGGGCUGGUUUCACUGGAGCUCAGAUGUUAAACAUGCAAUGCGAUAAAUGCUCAGAAGUUUUAAGUACCAGAUUUUUUAAGUCAGAUUUUCCUCAGCAGUCACAGGUUGAGAUUUAAUAUGAAUUUUGUAAUUUCACUUUCAGAGGCUUUAGAGAAUUUAUUUCCCGCCUCAUUAAAUGUUGCAAAUAUUCUACAACAUUCUGCUGAGCACAAUUCGCUCACUAACGUUUUCUUUGUUUAACUUACUACUCAGGACUUUGCUGUUUGAGCCUGUUGAGUGUAUGAGGCAUUCAGAAUGUAGGCUGUCAGGCUGCCUGUGAACUGUCUGUAAUAAAGUGAAUUUUUAUCA